AUGGCUUUUGGUCAUCUGCUCAUGAUCUUCAUCGCAGUGCUGAUCUCCACCACAGCAUCCGUGUGCAAAGCUGAAAAUGCCGUCUCUGUGCAGACAGGAAGUUCUGUUCAACUGGACAUACAGACUGAUAAACUACUACCUUUUGAUACACUGGUCUGGAUGAAUCAUGAAUCAGAAAAUAUUGUGACAUUCAGUAAGAAAACUGUAGAGACAGAGAUUAACAACUACAGUGUGGUUUUCAAUCUGUCAACCUUCUCGCUAACACUGAAGAACACGAAAAAGACAGACAGUGGACUCUACACAGCAGAAAUAUUUGGAUCGAAUAAUAUAAAUGUUGCUAAAUACAGAGUAUCUGUUAUAGAUCCAGUGGACUCUCCUGUUCUUAACUGGAACGUCACCAUGAUCGCUGUUAACUCCUGUAUUGUGAAUGUCUCAUGUAGUGGGCAUGAUCGUACAAUCAGAGAAAUCUACCACAACAACAACUGCAGCCAGAAGGAAAAUAUAUCAUUUAAAAUACAGACUCUAACCCUGUAUUGUAAAGAGGACAUAGUUAUUUGUAACUAUAGCAACCCAGUCAGCUGGAAGAAUAACACAAUACAGAUUAAACACCUAUGUACACCUUAUCAAAGUGCCCAGCAGAAUGAUCAUACAAUCUAUGCACAAGUUCAGCAUCUCUACGCUGAUGACGUGUGCACUGGUGUGAAGGCGGAGCAAUAA